AAGGACCCAAAGACCCACCUUUUCGACUGGACCAUAAGAAUCGAAUCGUCAAGGCCAAAUCAUCAAAGAAGGACGACAAAGACAAAGGCACAGCCUCAACAUCGUCCCAUAGUAAUAGCAGAAGAAAUACAGCCAACAAGACCUCGUCCUCAACAUCUACUGCUGGACAGUCCAACGGUAUUUCGCGCACACUCUCGGGCCGAUUGGGCCGGACACGCUCCAUGGAAUAUCUGAAUCAACGAAAUCCCACUAUCAAAUUGAAGGAGCCCUCUCAAAAUAGGAUCGGAUCCAGAUCAAUGGAAGAGGUUCGAGAAAUGGCUCUAACUCCCACGUUCGGAUCUUCCGACAGUGAGUCGAAUUUUACUGCAGAGGGUGAUGAGGACAAGCGUAGUAUCAGUAGCCCAAAGCCAACAUUUACUUCUCAGGAUAGUCAUGGCAACAUCAACCAGCUCAAUCUGCUGAUCGCACCGUUUGAUCCCAACUGGCUGGAGCCGACACCACAGCUUAUGCGUCGUGCGCUUUCUGCUCAAUUCUAUUAUGACGACCUCAAAACUCAAAUGGCAAGUAACCCACGGGACCUCUUCCCUAGACCGCAAUCACAACAAGGAUAUAGCGGUUAUCCCGGUGAUCCUUCCUACUUACCCAAUGGACAACCACAGCAACCCUUCCAGAGCUUUGCUCAGGCUCAACAAUCUUAUCUACAUCAACAAGCGCCGCCCAACGGGCUUCAGCCCCUCAACAAUACGCACCUGCUUCAGCAAUACCCACAGCAGCAGCAACAGCCCAAUCUUUCGGGAAUACCCCCCAACAUGCCCUUUCCAACAAAUCAACCACACCCUACACAAAUCCAACCUCAUUUCUCUAUACCACCGCAACAGCCCUGGGGUCAAUCGCCCGGUCAAACCAACGCUGCCUCGUAUCAACCUCAUAAUGUGCCCAAUCAGCGCCAGUCAUCGAUCGGUCGCUCCAAAAUGGAUAACUCUGGCAAUUCGAAAUAUAUGUCACUUCCAUCGCGAAACCAAAUCCCUCCACAGCAGUUGCAGAUGCUGCGUAACACAGGAGGGCCCUUAUCGUCGCCACAGCUCGGUAGUAUGGUAGGCAUUAUGCCACAGACAGGGAAUUCACAACCUUGCAUCUCACCAACGAUUGUAUCUUCACUUGGACCUGCUACUGGAUACAUGCCCAACACAUAUUCUCAGGAACAUCAGCGUGUGAUUACCAACCAAUUACCACAACCAGCGCCCGUGGUAACACAGGCUCAACCGCAUCAUGGGCUAGGGACUCUUAAUAACGCUCAACAUAGGACGCCAGAGAUGCAGCGUCCUGAUAUCAGUCAUUCGUAUUAUGCUACACAACCACCAGCAGCGCAGACACAAGUGCAGGUACAGCAAUCAUCGUCAACGCCUAUACCGACCCAGCUGAACAACACUAUCCACAAUGGAGGACAACCCAUUUAUUCUGCAUCGCCCAUACAGCAGUCUCAGCAAUAUCCUCAACAACAGCAACAGCAAAAGUGCCAGCAGCAACAACAACAACAACAACAGCAAUACCAACCGACGGUCGCUUACCAACAUCCCAAUACGUCCUCAUUUUCAGAGAUAGACUCCUUUAAUACGAUGCACAAAUCCCCGGCGUUGCCUAUGCCAACCAAUAUCCCCGCCAAGGCUCGAGAACUCAUCUUUUCACAUUACAUGCCACGUGCAGUGAUAUGGGAAGGCAAUGACAUCAAAGAUGGAUUAACGGAUCGAUCAAUCGGUCGAAGGAUCAUGUCGCGGUAUGCAUUGGGCAUGGCGCGCGAAAAAUAUGUCCGUGAAGGGUUUUAUACCAAGGACAAGAGUCCACUCCUGGGUUCUGGCCAAGUUCGAUCACCAUUCCAGCAUCAACAACAACAGCAAUCAAGAACACUAGCCCAGCGACAGCUUCAGAGGCAGUUCUCAAUGGACAAGGGUGGUAAUGAUCGUGUGAUUCUCAAGUGGCUCAAGUCCAAGAGGGAAUGGGAAGUUGAUUGUGUGAUGAUGCGAUAUUUGACUUGUCAACACCCAGAAGAGAAACUUGAGAGUCAGUACUCGGACUAUGCUCAACCUCAACAAGACAGCCAGGCUGUCAAUCCAUUUGUUGUGGGUCUGUAUGAGACAUUUAUGCAUCCGCAUGGUACGGAUUACGAGGGCUGUCGGUAUUUGUCAGUCAUGCAGUGGUAUCCAGAGACGCUUCAACAAUACAUUGAGGACAGUAUUGCCUCUGGUGAGGGUCUGGAAGUGACUUUACCGAUUGUGUGGUCAUUGAUCGAGUGCGUCCAAUGGAUCCACGGCCGUAAAGUGUGUCAUUUGAACAUCAAGCCUUCGAAUUUUGUUCGUGACCCUUAUAUGGCCUCGACUAUGAAGCCAGGACAGAAUGGAAAUGGGUGGAAGUUGGUGGACUUUGAAGCUGCUCGUAUAAUGGAUGAAGAGACUGUGGGGCGAUGUACAUUUUCCUAUGCGGCCCCAGAGAUUCUGAUCAGGAACGCUUCAGCCACAGGGGUGGUUGCGAAGGGAUCAUUGGAUAUCUGGUCGCUAGGACUAGUGAUUUAUGAACUUUUGACAGAUCAGCCUUUGUUCAAGACAGAUGAUCAUGCAAAGGACGUUCUUUUGGGGACCAGGACAAAUGGAAUCGAGCCAGUGCGUUAUUAUGACGUCAAAAAUAUCCCGCCUGAAUAUCACCAACUGUUGGACUCGAUGCUAGCAUAUGAUCCCGAGAAGAGACUGUCAGCGUCCGAAUUGUUGAGGCUGGAUAUUUUUACACGACCUAUUUCUCCAAGGCCGGUCACACAGGAGCUGUUGAUUCGGAACAACAGUAUUCUCUCGCUACGGGACCUCAAGGCCACGCGGUUGUGUAAUUUGAAGGGAGGACAAAGUUCUUUUGAGACAGAAGGUGGUGGCGGUGCAGAUAACGGUGGUGGUCCCAACAGCCAUGGUAGCAAUGGAUCGUCGAGUGAUUCGGCUUAUGGAUCUUUGGCGAUGUCUUCUUCAUCUCAGCAUCAAAUGAUGUUGUUAGAAGGGAUUGGACGAAUUUUGGAUUCGCCUUUUGAUCAAGUACCCCGGUUGUUCAUGAUCCUUCCGCCAAUGAGAAAUGAUCUGACACCGUCAGAGCCAUUCUUACCGACUAAUUUAUUGCAGAACAAGAAUUUACGGCUAGUGUUGCUCUGUGAAGGACUGAGCGGAUAUGGAGAGGAUGCACAUGUGACGGACCACCGAGGUUAUAUUCUUCAAGAGCCUACAGCGUUUGUACAGGACGUUGGAAAAUUGAUGUUGCAUUUGGUGGCGGUUGCAGGGACGAACAAUCCGGGGUAUGAGACAUCGAGAUUGGACCGGCCCUUGGCCUUGACAGGGACACCGUUGGAUAAUUGUCAACGGUGGUAUUCCUCUCUACGAUCGUAUUAUGAGGCCUUGCAGACAGCGGUUCAGUAUCAAGUGGGGCCAGCGCCGGGAUUGAAUGAGCUGAGAUCUUUGCGAGGUCCGACACUGAAGGCUCUUGAGCAAUGGCUAGGUCGAUUGGUUCGGAGGCAAUGUCAAUUAGCAUCGGAGAAGAUGCUUGGACGAAAACCAACUGUUGCUGGUCAGGGAGAUCUUGUGGAGGGUCAUGGUGAAGGAUACAAUGACCUAUCGGAUCGGUUUGGGGCAAGUAUGAGACUGAGUAAUAAUGGCAAUGAAGAUAAAGAGUUGGAGUUGGAGGAAGUGGACCAACCAGAGGUAACGGGACCAGGAGGAGGAGAAGGAUAUGGAGGGCUUUACAAGAUGCCGGUUGGGACAUGUGGAGACCGAUGGAUUUGUCGUGGAUGUGUUCGAAAGCAGAUGGCGAUGGUCGCAGCUGGUUCUAAUGGGAUGAAAAGUGAGAUGAUUGCUGGGUAGAUUGAAGAUUCCAUGAUUCAUAAACAUGCAUUUAUCCGUUUUUUACUUUUACUUUCCAUCCAAGGUUUGCUGGAUUACGAUGCAGAGUAAAAGGGAAGGUGUGCUAUUAUUAUUUUUGGCGGAAGACUUGCUGUACUCUUAUAUCUUUAGCCUUCCAAUCAAGCACUUGACUUGAGCCAGGCAACAGGGUUAUUCUUUAAAAAACACAAGCUCACUUGCGCCCGUACAUGUGCAU